AAUAAUGUCCGUUAUUCACCUCACAGGGCUGCACUCGUUGAACCAAAACAUAAAAAUAUGAAAUAAUUUUUAGUUAAUUUAGUUUAACCUAUCUCCAAGUGCAUCAACGAGCUCAAUAAUUAAGUUAUUUGUAGUUAUUUAGCUUCUAGUCAAAAUGUUAGAGGAACCACUUUGUUUUUCCGAGGAUAACUAGGAUAUGAAGCACCUCAGGUCUGGUUUGCGUUAGGAUGUCAGUUCUGAUUGGUUCAGGGUCUGGGGCAAGUGUUCUGUAUUCCACCACACCCUGUGAAAUUUAUGAUAGAAGUAUUCGCAUCUGUUGGGAGGCACAGCAGCAGAGCGCAACACAGAGGAACGCAGACUUUUAAUUGUAAGUCAAAGGCCUAUUUUGAAAGGGACAAUAUAAAAAUAUUUUUUUUUCCAUAGAAAGAGGAAUUCAAAUAGUUUUUUUUAUCUUUCACGAAGUUUAAUUGAAAAAGUACUUGUAACGUUUUUUUUGUUUGCGUAAAAAAUCAUCUCCCAGCGGACGUACCAUGGCGCACAUGUGUAGGCACCUGACCGGCUCGGUGGCGAGCUGCGCGGGCUGGGUCAGCCUCAUCGUCGCCACCUCCACCAACGACUGGGUGACCACGUGCGACUACAGCCUGGCGACGUGCGUGCGCCUGGACGAGCUGGCCACGCAGGGCCUCUGGGCCGAGUGCGUGAUCGCGCCUGCGCUGUACCACUGCGUGUCGCUCAACCAGAUCCUCUCCUUACCAGCGUACCUCCAGACGUCCCGGGCCCUGAUGAUCGUGGCCUGUCUGCUGGGGCUGCCCGCCAUGCUGCUGGUCGUGAUGUCACUUCCCUGCGUGCGGCUGCCCAACGACACGACCGCCGUCAAGCGGCGCCGCGCCCUGGUGGGCGGGAUCCUCAUCCUCAUCAUGGCUGUCUGCGGGGCCGUCGCCACCAUCUGGUUCCCAGUCGCCACCAACAUGGAGAAGGCUCUGAUGGCGUUCGGCUUCUCGCUGUACACCGGCUGGGUCGGCGCCGGCCUCUGCCUCUGCGGCGGCUCCAUCAUCCUCUGUUGCCAUGGCAGCGGCGCCGCCCUGCCAAUCCGGGAGAACAGCUUCUACUACUCCAGACAGUCGGGCCGGGCCGCGCCACUCGACCCGCCCGCCAACCACGCCAAGAGCGUGCACGUGUGAGCGCAAAGGCAUGCUGGGCAAUGGAGUCAGGAGAACUCUUUGUGCUCAGCGAGUGAUCGAUUAUUAAACGCAGCGUAAGACGCCGUUCUUCCACCGCGAUUUCACAUUUCCAUCUCUUUUCUUUAUUGGUUGAUUUUAUGAGGAAACCGUCCCACGAUUCCCGUGUAUUGCGCCGUAAUACCGGGCAUGCAGGGCAAGGUGUUAGGUACCACAGGGGUCUCCUCCCGUUGCUAUGGGUUACGAUGCCUCGUCCCCAUCGGGCCCCGUCGGGCCCCUAGUAUGUAGUGAUAAAAACAUGUUGCCAUGCCUCGCCCAUGUGUGAAUAAAAGUAUGGGUUCAUCUUACGGUCUUAUUUACCAUCUGGUUCUUCUUUUUCUUUUAUCAUUGCUUAUAAAAUGUGUGUCUUUGGAUCGCCUCAUUAUUUCAUAAAUGUCGUAAUUUUUUUUGAUUUACCAACA